CAAUAACCGCGCUUUUGUGAUAAUCGGUUAAAGCUUCUACGGUUCUAAUCAGCAAGGCAAACAGGAAGUCUUCUGGAAUAUUCUCACUCCUCAAAUUUUUGUUUGGAUUAAUUAAUUUAUGAAAAUAUUAAAAAACAAAUAGGGAUAGAGCAAACCGAAAACCUAAGUCACCCCUAAAUCGACGACGAGAUGCCGAAGAAGAUGGGGUUAAACAGCAAAGCCGAGGCGGCGCGUGCACGCAAGAGCGCUACCGAAGCUGAGCGUAAAGAGCGGGAAUCUAGGGAGAAAGAGGAGCAGUACUGGCGCGAAGCCGAGGGUCCCAAAUCUAAGGCAACCAAGAAACGCGAGGAGGACGCGGAGAAACGAGCCGAAGCGGCGACUCGACGUGCGGAGGCGCGUCGUCAAGCCGAGAUGGAGGAGAAGGAGAUCGAGAAAGCGAUGAAGAAACCGGAUAAGAAGGCGAACCGCGUGUCGAUUCCGGUGCCGAAGGUGACGGAGGCGGACCUGAGGAAGAGGAGAGAGGAUGAGCAAGCGGAGACGGCGAAGAAAGCGGAGGAGGCGAAGAAGAGGCAGACUAGGACCGCGGCGGAAGAAGAAUAUGAGAGGAUGGUGUUAGUGACAAACACGAAUAGGGAUGAUUCCUUGAUUGAAGCAAGGAGUGUGGAGGAGGCGAUUGCGCAAAUGUCUGUGGCGGAUAAUCUUCCCGCGGAUCGCCACCCUGAGAGGCGCCUUAAGGCUUCCUUUAAGGCAUUUGAGGAAGCUGAGCUUCCCAGGCUGAAAGAGGAGAAGCCGGGUCUUACUCACAAUCAGUACAAGGACAUGAUAUGGAAACUAUGGAAGAAAUCUCCAGACAAUCCUCUGAACCAGAUUGCUGAGUGAUCACUGCUGAAUUUUCCUCAGGCUAGAAUAGCAGGCGAGUUUUACUUGGAACAUAUUGGGUGCAGAGAUGCAUUUGUGGUUUCUAAACUUGUGUCAGUUGCUGGCCUACAAUAUGUGCAGUGUCUGCUUAAAACUAAAUAAAACUUGAUUGAAGUGAUAAUGCCGGCUUCUUAUUGUUAGUGUUCAGAUCAUGCCUCUCUUGUUUAGUUACUUAAGUCUGGUUUUUUGCCCUCUUCUUUUUCUUUUUCUUAAGGACCGGACAAUAGUGACUGUUGUACAUGCAGAGAAAUAGUACUGGGCAUGGAUUGUGUAAAUUACAGAUUAAGCUUGCUUGGAAGGUUUUCCUUUCUCUCAAGGAUUAGCGAAGAUCGAUACAUGAUGUGCAUUCUCAAGGAUUAGCGAAGAUCGAUACAUGAUGUGCAUUCUCAAGGAUUAGCGAAGAUCGAUACAUGAUGUGCAUUUGUGACUUAAAUCAUGUUAGGCUUGCUUCUGAGUCCUCUUCUGCUAUCCAAAUUCCAAAGUAUCAAUGCAUGAAUAUGUCAGUAGAUUUGCUUAAUUACGUGAAAGUCUACUAGCCUGAGGAAUAUAGUGGGAAGAUAAGGCAAUGCGUCUUAGUGAUAUUUCUCAAGUAGCUCUGAUCAAUGUGAUUGGAUUAUUGGAAUGCUUAUCAGGUUUUGGUGAUUCCGGGUUCAAAUUUUUCCAUGGACAAAUGUUGUAAAUCCUUGGAUGCCAAGUUUAGUGAAAAUUAUUGAAUGGCUGUUUUGAAGGUA